AUCAUGGCGGCCACGGUUCAUCAUGUGCGAAUAUCCGUCCGAAAUGGCCCCCAAAUGCUCAAAAAAUUUACUAAGUGUCUGGGUUUCAGACUUUUUGCCGAAAGACGAACUGUUUCUUCCAAUCAGUGGGCGGUCAGAAGUGGAUCUGCCAUAUUUGUUAUAAUUGAAAGACCGUGUUCGUUGCCUGCUACCGGCGAACUUUGCGAACGUGAUCCCGAUCAGGAGAUUAUGUCACGUAGCAACUCACAUCGUGAAGAAUGUUGUCCACAUGUCAAUUCUGUCUAUGAUGUUACUUUCCAAGUCAGCGAUGUUGACAGGACUUUUAGCCAUGCUAGGGACAACGGUGCCAAAGUCCUUGAAACCCCACACUUUGACGAGGAUGACCUGGGCCGGGUUCGGCGUGCCGUUGUGAAGUCAUGUGUCGGGGAUGUCGUGCACACACUACUCGACACAUCCGAAUACACGGGGUCGUUCUUACCAGGUUUUAAGUAUAUUCACGACAAGGAAACUAAUAACGUGUCAUCGUCAAGGGAUUCUCUUUCUCAUUUUGAUCACGUGACUUACGCGUGUCCAAUGGGAGCAACUGAAGAUAUUUUGAUGUUUUAUGAACAUUGUUUUGGGCUCAAAAGAUUUCUGGUUAACAGGAGUGAAGAUGUGACAGAAGGAUACGUAGUUAAAGGGGAAGACAUGGCAAUGAGAUUAAAAGCCAUGCAAUAUUGGAAAUGUGCCGAAACUCAUCUGGGCUCGGUGGAAUCUUCAAGCACCCCUCAAAUUAAAUUUGUCAUUGCGGAACCUUUGCCAGGACAAGGACCAAAUCAAGUUGAAACGUUCCUCAGAAAUCAUGGCGGUGCAGGUAUCCAGCACAUCGGUCUUCAUACUUCUGAUAUUGUAGCAUCAACAGCCGCUAUAACCGAGGCCGGUUUACCGCUUAUAGUUCCACCAGAUGCAUACUAUACCGAGAUUGGAAAACUUCAUGAAAUUCAGUAUGUUGGCGAGAAUGUUGACUUGAUGCAGAAAUACUGUAUAUUGCUUGACUCUGAAGCCGAUGCAGGAAACACCAGUAAUACAGAUGUAGCGGAGGGUCAUAGGUAUCUGAUGCAGGUGUUCACGCAGCCGAUAUUUGAAGAGGACACUUUCUUCCUAGAGCUUAUACAACGACAUGGUGCUACUGGCUUUGGUGCUGGCAAUAUCACGGCACUGUGGCGAUCUGUACAAGUGUAUAUGAACAAACAAGAAUCUAAACGAGACUUAGCUAACAAAAGUUAACCCUUGUUCUUUUCCAUUACCUGCAGGGCAUAUUUAACACAUGUAGUUAUUUUUUCUAGUUUUGCAUAUUUAUUUUCAUAGACCAGUAUUAUUUAAAUGUGUUUUGAUUUACAUAAAUGAUGUGUUGUUGAAAACACGUUUUAAAAAUA